ACCCUCAAGCCUUAACAAAUCCCCUCCCUCUAUUUUUGUCUUCCAAUUCAAAGCUACAGUUUGAAAAAAUUUCUCUAAAAUCUUCCUCUUCUUCUUCAGUUAUUAUAUUCAAAUUUCUUGGUUUCAUUUCUUGUUUGUUAAUGGAGAUCCCAGUGAUCAAUAGAAUAAGCGAUUUUGAAGCUUCUCUGCAAAACCCAUCGUUUGUUUCACAAGCUUUAACAUUUUCCAGCGCCGAGAAGAUUCUUCAGGCGUACAGUUUUUGGAAAUGGGGAGCGUUAAUUCUUGCCCUAGUAGCUUCCUUCUCUACUGUAAUCAACAGAGUCAAAAUUCUCAUCGUUCGAAUCCGAAACCGUUACGUAAUGCAUUCUAAACCUAAUCUUAUCAGCCAACAGAGUUAUGAUUCCGACUGUGAAUCAGAAUCCGACGUGUCGUGUUCUUCUUCGUCUUCUAUGUCCGACGAUGAGGAAGACGAGGUGGAGGAUGAGCAAGAAACUACAACGACGUCGUAUUCUUGGAGGUCUGAUGAAGAUUUUAGGGUUAAAGGAGUAGGUUAUUAUGAUAAUAACGACCAAGGGCAAAACCGUAAUUUAAGGAGACGUAGGAACAGCAGUUUUGAAGAUAUCUUAGCUUCGUGGUCGGAGUUCAAGAAUGGGAAAAACGUAGUUAAAUUAUGGGAUAAUUUAGGGUUUGGAUUUGGUUUAAAUCUUGAGUGUAACGCAAGAAACUGCGUGUCUCUUUACGAUAUGAAUAAAGAAAUGAGUUUGUUUUCAAUCUUCGGCGAGAAAUCGGAUAUUCCGGCGGUUUCUACGUCGUCUUCUUCGCCGGCGGUGAUUGUUUCAGCUGAGAGUAAUGUGUUGAAGGUGUGGGACACGCGUAUUGGCAGUCGGUUACCGGAGAUACUGGCGGAGUGGAAGCCGAUACUGGGGAAAUUUGUGGGGAUGACUGGCGGCAGCAGCGGCGGCGCUGUGGAGAAGGUUUACGUGAGAGAUGAUUUAACGGGGAGGUUAACAGUGGGUGACAUGAGAAAAGUCAAGUCGCCGUUAGAGAAUGCGACGGAAGCUGACGUGGAUACGUGGUGGGACGCUGACGGCGUUAGUAGUGGCGGUGUUGAAUGAGAUUGAAGCUUGUGGUCGUGGUGACCCGGUGUGCUACGCGGUUCAAGAAUCGUGAGCUGGUGUAGAACUGGCUAAAAAUGAUUAUUUUAAGAAAAAUGAUUAAAUGUGUAAAUAAUUAUUGAUUAGGUGAUUAAUAAAUGGAUUAAAUUGUUUAA